ACACCAGCAGCAGCAACACUAGCAGUAUGCCAAUGGCUUGGUUUGGCGUAACGCCUUCGAAACUUGAGCUUCCAUCACUUGUGCUUUCUCUGCUGCUUGUAUUGCAAUUGUUAUGUUUUAUCCAUCCAGCACUCUCAGAAGUUAUAUUCGAAGAGCGAUUCGAAGAUGGUUGGAAGAGCAGGUGGGUGGUAUCAGACUGGAAACGAAGCGAGGGAAAAGCAGGCACAUUCAAACAUACAGCAGGAAGAUGGGCUGCUGAUCCUGAUGACAAAGGUAUUCAGACUUCAAUUGAUGCAAAGCAUUCUGCCGUAUCUGCAAAGAUACCAGAAUUCACCAACAAGAACAGAACAUUGGUCCUUCAGUAUUCCAUCAAAUUCGAACAGGACAUCGAAUGUGGUGGUGGUUAUAUAAAGCUUCUAUCUGGAUUUGUCAAUCAGAAGAAAUUUGGUGGAGAUACUCCUUACAGUUUGAUGUUUGGACCAGACAUAUGUGGCUCAGAUACAAAAAAGCUUCAUCUUAUCUUAUCAUACCAAGGCCAAAACUAUCCUGUAAAGAAGGACCUGCAAUGCGAAACAGACAAGUUAACACAUUUCUAUACAUUCAUACUUCGGCCAGAUGCUACUUACAGCCUCCUCGUUGACAAUCGAGAGAGAGACUCAGGAAGUCUUUACACGGAUUGGGAUAUCCUUCCUCCGCGAAAGAUCAAAGAUGUCAAAGCUAAAAAGCCUGCUGAUUGGGAAGAAAAAGAAUAUAUUCAUGAUCCUAAUCAUGUCAAACCUGAGGGUUAUGAUUCAAUACCACCUGAAAUUCCUGACCCGAAUGCCAAACAGCCCCCUAAUUGGGAUGAGGAUGAGGAUGGCUUAUGGAAACCUCCAAGAAUACCAAACCCGGAAUACAGGGGGCCAUGGAAGAAAAGGAGUAUCAAGAACCCCAACUACAAAGGAAAGUGGAAGACUCCAUGGAUUGACAAUCCAGAGUUUGAAGAUGAUCCUGAUCUUUAUGUACUGAAGCCUAUCAAGUAUGUGGGUAUAGAAGUCUGGCAGGUUAAAGCAGGAUCAGUGUUUGACAACAUUUUAAUAUGUGAUGAUCCGGAGUACGCAAAACAAGUAGUUGAUGAAGUUUUUGCCAAUAGAGAGAUUGAAAAGGAGGCGCUCGAAGAAGCAGAGAAAGUGAGAAAAGCGCAAGAGGAGGAAGAAUCUCAAAGAGCAAGAGAAGAAGGUGAAAGAAGGAGAAGAGAAAGGGGUUAUGAUCGACAUCCACGACAUAAGGAUCGCCACAGAGAGCGUUACAGACGGCAUCAUCGCGGUGGCUAUCUUGAUGAUGAUGAUUAUCAUGAUGAAUUGUAAGGGCUGUACAAGAGUAUUUUGCAUCACACAGUGGCUUUCUGAGCGCAUUUUUGUUCCAUUAUCUGUUCGCCGUCAUAUUUCCUGUCAAAGGCAGAUAUAUUAUUUCCUGUUCACCUAAGCAUUUAUGGGUUUUGAGAUACUCAUUCUUCUGAGAAAUAGAUACCUGAAGCUAUUCAUAAAUGAAAGAUUUCCGUUUUGAACUGCACAUAUAUACUAGGGUUGUAACUCGCGCGCGUUGCUCGCGAAGCAAUGUAGUGUUGCUAGUGAGCGAGGCCGAAAGUGUGACUUUUUUUUUGCUAGUAUGUAUACUUUUUUAAUGGACAUUGGAAUAAACGUAAAUUAAUUAGUAAACGUAGAUGUUGAUAAAUACUCGUGGAACUCAUCAAUAAAUAGAAUUGCGUCGAUAAAUAGAAUUGCGUACAUGAAACAAAAAUGUGUAAUUAUUUAAGGAAUUGGGUUUAUGGCUUUAUUUAGACUAUGUUAUGGGGUGUUAUAUUAUUUAAAUCUCAUAUUGGUUUGUUUAUAACGAUUAUUAAACAAAAAUGUGUAAUUAUUUAAGGAAUUGGGUUUAAGUUAAUAGCACUAUAGAUAAUAGCGAAUUAACAGGUAAGUGAUAAACCAAAAAAUAACAGGUAAGUGAUAAACCAAAAAAAAAAAAAAAAA